CCCAUUUUAAGUAAAUACUCCAGACUCCGUACUUUUCUUUCGAACAUGAACCACUGGGGAGGGGCUUACAGCAAUAACUCUCUGAUUGGUUGACCACAAACACUGAGCUAACAUGGAAGUUACGUCGAAGUGCAGAAAGGGAGAUGUAGCGAGGCAAAAACUGAGCAGAUGGAAAUAUUUUGUUACCCCAGUUAAUGCAUCAAUUAAUACAUUUUUGCUUGCACCUCCAUAUUUCUGCAUGGAAAAAUUCCAUCGCUAACCAAACUACUUUAACCAUCAAAAUGACUUAUUUAUCCACUGUUUUACGUGGCGGUUUAGUUUCGUAUGAAAUUGUACGUGAAGUUUAACUUAUGAACUUUUAGCGUCUUCCAAGCUUAUUCAGCAAAAAGCUCACUGUUCCUACGAGUGUUAUGAAAGCGUCAGACUGAAGUGGCCAGGAGCUACAAAAGUCCAGGGACCUGUAAACCGGGACCAGGUUCCGGAACUUCGGUGUGAAAACGCAUUAUAAUGAUGGAUGGACAGAAUUUCUCAGAUCUACCUAAGGACCCAAUUUGGAACUCCCACUGGCUUUAUAAGUCCCACUGGCUCUGGGCCAUGGGUUUCCGUUAGCCAGUCAGGUGGGGUAUGAGGAGAGGCAGCCCAAUGUCCUGUGGCCUCUGUGGAGCGGAGAAAUCCCAGAGCAGACGUGUAAGGAGGAUGGACCUCCAGGCACCGUCCACCUGUGACCGCCACCAGUGGUACUACAGCAUUUUGGGACAGCUGACUCUACACGAGGGGGAGACAGAUAGGACUGUGGAGGUGCAGUCUGUCUCAUCUGUCUUGGAGGACCAUACACUUGCCCCCACCUCUCUAUCAGAUUUGCGAUCCAUGUUGGAGGAGUGGAUGGGGAACCAGUGCGUCCUCCAUUCAGUCUCUCAGGAUGACCAGCAAGCUCUGACAGCUACGAUGAUGUCACAGCUAGGACUGAUUUGCCAUGACCUCAGCGGGGUGAACCGUGACCCCUCGCUGUCCCAGGUAGAGAAUCAGCAGCUUCAGAGUGAGAUCUUCAGUGAGAUUCUCCGAGUGUGCAAGCGCCUGUAUCUGCACUACAUCCACCUGCGAGAUGUUCUGCGGAAGCGCGGCGUCUUCGGCGAUCUGGCCAAUCGCAGCCGCUUGUGCGCACAGAUGACCUUGGACUGCGGCAAACUUUUAAACAUUCAGUCAAUUAGGCGCAGUGUGACUGCGGAAAUUAAGGCAGAGCCUAGCAGUGGACAGCAGGGGGCACCAGGCACCCAGUCCGACGACAGGAAGAGUGGAUUCGAAAAUCGACACAAAGCUUCCAUUGAGAAAGACCUCCAAGAGAUAGAGGAGGAGAUUGGGGAGCUGAAUUUGGAAUGCGUGUAUGACCUCAUACCGAGUCACCUGGAAGAGACCAACCACAGAGAACAGUAUACUGCGGAGAGCUGCGCUGGUGAUACUGCCCAGGUGGGGGCGGUCUGCGCUCCUAGAGGCUCUUCCAUCAGGCUGAGGGGCUGCCAGUCCAUGCCGGAGCUAGAGCAGGGGUCCCUGCUGGAGGAGCUGGGCUUGGAGCCGCCGCCGUCCCGGGCACCCUCUCCAGUGGUGCUGCUGGGCCUGGAGCCAAGCUCCUGCCGUGAGAAGGAGCCCAUCAGCGCUGCUGAAGACUUGAGGAGAUUGGUGCAAGACAUUGGGUCUGUGGGUGAGCCUAAAAUGACUGACCCUGAGACAAACCUCGAGACGGACCUGCCCGCCCUGAUCAGCGCUUUGUCUCACAGCGGCUCCAGCAAGCUUCAUCUCCUGCAACAGACCUUACAGAAGCUCACCGAGGAAGAAGAGGACCAUGGCAUGAUGAAGACCACUGUGAUGGAGGAACCUCAACACCCACAGCCAGUGGCUGUCAGUGUCUCAGUCACUCCCAAAUCCAUCGCUCGCACUGCGCCCCCCCGUGUCUCUGACAGGGUGUUUACAGAAACAGUCAAACUCCAUAUGUACCCACCUGUCUACAGCCAUCUCACUGGGGAGACUGAGCCCUCUUCAGUGAAGUGGCUGGACCGAAACCUGAACCUCAGGAGAGAAAUGAAAGAGGUCUACAGGGAGCUGUCCAAAACUGUGUCCAACCACUAUCUGAACUUUGAUGAGUCAGACCCGGUGAUUGAGCCGGCUAUGGAGGAUGGGGGUGAUAUGUGGGUGCCCCCCCGUAAGAAGAGUCAGAGGUCGUUCAACCCAGAGCUGAAAAGGUCUGGCACCAGCCAUCCCACCUGCAGAAGGACAGAGGUUCUCAUGCAGCAUAAGAAGCCCCAGGAAGUGACAUCCGGGACAAAUGGCAGUCGGCUGCACUGGUCAAAAUCCAACCUGUGUGUGGAUGACUAUAUGAAGUAUAUUUCAAACCAGAGACUGGAUUACCUGGGAGAGAUGUUUCACCUGCAUGACAGCGAUGACAGUGACGAGGAGGAGAAACUGAAGAGGAAGGCCUUGGCUCAGCACGAGGAGAAAAAGAAUCACAGAAGGCGAAGUCAGAAGAUUGACUCUCAGAAGAGGAUAAAGGAGGAGUUUGCGGUGGGGGUUUGGAAUGUGAACUCCAUGCUGCUGGGGGGUCUGUGGAGCGAGCCACGGCCGAAUGAGGUGGACAGUCAAGAUGAGGACACAUCUUCUAGCGCUACACAGAGGGCCCAGGAGAGAUGGAGCCAGUCUGGAAAGGAGCCCUUUGUUGCAGUGAGUGAGGACGACCAGUUGCAAGUCUGUCUGGAAAGGAUCUGGAUGACUCUGUCCUUCCCAUCCAGCCAGAGACUGGAAAUGGCCAUCAAGUACAGUUCGCCCUCGUACCAGAGUCGUCUGACGGAGGCAAUUGCAGCGUGGGAGCGCACUGCCAAGCUCAUCCAGCAGAGGGAGGCACUGCUGGCCCAGCUGGAGGUGUUUGAGAGGGGGGCGUCUGACCCCAGCAGGUUCUUCCAGCAUGGUUAUCGAGGCACAUCGAUUGCAAGGAUGGAUGAGUCCAAGCGCAGGCAGAAAAUCAACAGGCAGAUAUCGGCCCUGGAAAGGAUCUUGUCCAAGGAUAUCCAACUCAUCCGGGACCGUUUCUGCGAUACCGUCACAUACAAUGGGAGGCCUUACGAGCAGAAGAUGCGCUGGGAUCGCAUUGAGAUGCUAUACUGGCUGCAGCAGGAACGACGUGUGAUUGCCCUGGAUAAGCUGCUGGGGACAGAGAAGUGCACCAACCCCAGGCUGAGCCCUCUUGAACAAGUUCAUCCCACCACCCAAGACCACACCCCCUUGCCCAGCAAUCAGCAAAAGUGCUCACCACGAAGUAGCGAUUCCACCCCCAUGCUCAUCUCUGGCACAGUUUUUGGGACUGCUGUUGAGAAAAAACAAGCUUACCUCUGAUGUGAAGAAAUAUAUAUAUAUGAUAUUAAAAUGAACGCCUUUACAUCGCUAAUGUAAUUUUAGCAAACGAAAUAAAAAUAAUACCAUACUUCGUUAAGAAUAAAGAAAUGUUAGCUUCUUAAAUUAUAUUUUUAAUAAUCACUGGCUGGAUGUCUGUAGAUGGGCUUUUUAAAAUGUAUUACAUAGACGUUUAAAUGUAAUUUAAAAGUUGAUUAAUCUUUAACAUUGGUCGCACA